GGUCGUGCUUUUUUAGACGCCAUAAGCAUGACCUAGGAUAUUCUGUACUAUAAAAACUAGAAGCCAAAGUAAAUGAAUCAUUCUAGCUAUCCGCCAGAUAUCAAUCAACACCAUGAAAGCCUUCAUUGUUCUUGCCGUUGUAAUUGUAGCCGUUUCUGCUGAGAUGUGCAGAGAGACCAGAGACUGUAGAACAACAUCGUGUGUCUCCGGAUCUGAGCUUCACUGUGUAAACCACCAGUGCACAUGCACCACAGCCGCUUCCGGUUCCGGAGCUUGUACCUCCGCUGAUCAAUGCACCGGAAGGUGUGACAACGGACGCCAACACCACUGCAUCGACGGGCAUUGCAGAUGUACUCACUUUUAGAUAAUAAAUUGUUACAUAAUACAUUAAUAAUACAUUUUUAAUAAAACAUUAUACUUUG